AUGCCCCAUGCCUUCCUUGACAUUCACAUUGGAGACGCCGCGGCACACGCCGCCCUACAAAGCGCCUACGAGCGUACCAUAGGCUUUAUAGCCGCAAAAAGCAGCGAACUCGCCGUUGACCCACUUUGCAAGCCAGAAGAUCUCGCAGAUUGGCAACAGGAGAUGGCUGUCGAAAUGUACAAUUCAGACCCAACCUGGCAGGAAAAGGGGCCCAUCAGACUGACCCCACCACCACCACCACGGGGAGGUCGAAUCCUAUUCACACUCUACGCCGACAAAUGUCCCAAAACCGUUACAAAUUUCCUCGCCCUUUGCACUGGAUCAAAGGGCCUGUCUAAAUCCACCAAAAAGCCAUUACACUACAAAUCCAUUCCCAUCCACCGCAUCGUACGGGGUUUCGUCGCGCAAGGAGGAGAUAUCACCCGUUAUGACGGAUCAGGAGGAGACAGUAUCUACGGCGGAACGUUCAACGAUGAAAAAGAGGGGCUUAAACUCAAGUUUGAAAAAGGGGUGUUGGCUAUGGCGAAUUCCGGAAAGAAUAGCAAUACGAGUCAGUUUUUUGUUACGUUGGGUGAGGAUCCAAAGAAAUUGGCUAAAAUGGAUGGAAAGUAUGUUGUCUUUGGGAAAGUUGUGGAGGGAUGGGAGGUUUUGGACUUGUUGGAUGCUGUUGGCACAGAUGAUGGGCGGCCUAGGGAUCAAGUGCAAAUUGUCGAUUGUGGGGAACUACCUUAG